CUCAUCUUCUAUGAUGGCAGCCGUUGUGGUCGCCACGCAGGCCAGCGUCCUUCGCCGCGAUCUGCGUGCGCUGCCAUCGGCUGACGCACGCGGAUCGCGACAGGCUGAGGGACUAGGGGGUCGCUCCGGCUGCGUCAAGAUGUUGCCUUUGCUUUGCGCUGUGCGCAGCAUGCGCAGCAUUCUCUCACCGCGAGACCGGCGUCGUAGAUGUGUCGCGAGGCGAGUCGCUGAAGAUGAGAAGGAAUCAAGAUCUGAGAAGAACAAGCUAGCAGAGGAGUGGGAGAACUUUUGGUUCGGUGAGUACUGGAAUCAAGAGAUUCCAGU